CCGCAUGUCACCAGCAGCCCUUGGGCAAGGGGGCUGAGAAGAAUCUAAAAGGAGGGCCGGGAGUGCAGCCAUCAGAAAGGGCACCAUGGUGGGGGCCUGGAAAGUACUCAUCCUGCUGGUGCUCUUGGCAGGGGUGUCCUGUGUGCGCAGGCGCCAGCCCCAGCUCCAGCUGCGAUACAAGGACAUUGUUACCCAGGCCUUGAAGGUCUUCAAUAAUGGGCAGCAGGGGAGGCCCCUCUUCCGGCUGCUGGAAGCCUCCCCGUCUUCUAGGUUGAACUCCACGAGAAGGGUCCCGCUGAACUUCAGGAUUAGAGAGACGGUGUGUACCUCCACCCCUGAGACACAGCGGCAGCCUGAGAACUGCGCCUUCCGCGAGGGCGGGGAGGAGCGCGUCUGCAUCGGCCAGUUCUCCAAGGUGCGGCUGAGGCAGAGCCUGACUGUCAGCUGCGACCAGGACUGUGAGUCUCUGAACCAGGGCUCCAGGUUGGAGCCAGAGUCAGCUGAGGCCACUGAGCCAGAGCCAGCUGAGGUGGCCGAGCCAGAGCCAGCUGAGGUCGCCGAGCCAGAGCCAGCUGAGGUGGCCGAGACCCCUGAGGCCACAGUGCCAUCCGUUAUCAGGAACCUGUAUGAGAAGACCAAGUAUGACGCCAUCACCAACAUCCUGAGCAACUUUUAGGGCCAGAAGAGAGAAGCCUCUGUCCGACCCAGGCCUUAGCACCCCUGGUCCUGCACUGCCCAGGUCCCUUUAUAGGGACCCCCCCAAACUUAAGCCCACCUUUGCACACCUACUCCCCUCUACUUGGUCUGCCUGGUGUCUAAAUCCUGUUUGUCCUGCAAAGCACAGAGGGGAAAGUCACCUCCUCCAGGAACAUCCCCAGCCCCGUUUCCUGGUCUCUGCAGUCCUCAUACUGUGUCCCCAGCCAGUGCGCACUCACAGGAGUUCCGCCAGCAGCGACUGUCUCCUUGAGGGUGGCUGCUUUUGUGCAAGACCCUGAGCUCCUCUGCCCGGUCACUGCAAUAGCCAAAUGCCCCUUCAUGUUCCAAAACCUCAAGAACCAGAGAGAGAGCUCAAUAAAACGUUUUUGAAGUAAA